AUGAGGGCUAUAGCACCCUAUGGAGAGAUCUAUGUGGCAGGGAACUGGGGCCUCCAGCCAAAGCCAGAACCCACUUGUCAGCCAGGCAGAUGGGGAGCGGGCCGUAGGCGGGCGGGGCACCAGGUGUGUGAAGCCGUCCCGCUGACGCAGCGCCUGGGACCCACCGCUUCAGCCAACAGGGCGGAUCCCGGCCCCGGCUCCAUCCGCCCGAGCCUCCCGACCCCUCGUAGUCCACGUUCCGGCCGGCAUCUGCCGGUCUCCUCGCCCACCUCUCUGCCCCACCGGAAGGGUCCCGCAACCCCCGCCCGCCCAGGCGUUCGGGGCGGGGUCGGGCGGCGGGAAGAGCGGGGGAUAAAGGCGGUCCUGGGGUGUCGCGCGAGGGGGCGAGCGCCACUCACCGCGGCCAAAUACCAGAACCAGAACCCGGACUUCCUGAGGGAAACGAGCGGCGGCUACGAGUGCGGAGCUGCGGGCGCAACAGCGGCGACGCCGGCACUUCCUGCCUCGGGAGGCGAACCGGAAGGCGCACCGGAAGGCGCGGCGGGAUCCAACUCUGCCGGGGGCGGGGUGGGGGGGAAGAAUGCCUCACAGUUCUCGGGCGGUAGGCGAUCGCGUCCGCCUUGUCCGCCGGGGCUCGGGCUGGGGCCGCCGGCCCCGGGCUGGGUUUCAGUUGGGUCCCACCGCCCGCGCGGUAUGAAGCGGGUGCGGCGCGGUAGGGACCCUGCAGGCCGUCCUCCUCCCCCGCCAUCCGCGGCGGGUCCCACGGCCCUUCCGCAUUCCCGGGCGGCCGGCGCGGGGCCGGCCUGGAAUUUGACCCCGCGGGCGGGCGCGAGCCCUAGAGGUUUGGGGGUCGACGGGCGCCGCUCCCCAGGGCUGCCAGAGUUAGGAAGUGAAAGUACAGCUCGCCUGGUUACAUUUUAUGAACUUCAGAUAAAAUGAGCAAUUUUCUGUGCUUCGCUCCACAUUAAGACUGGGGAAGGGAAGAGGGCGGCGGCGGGGCGGACCCCUUCCUGCUGCAAAACACUUUCUUUUCAAAACUGCACUCAGACCAAAUUAUAUCAUUUGCCCCUCCUCCUCCUCUCUCACCCUCAGAUUAUAACAUUUACGGCCUUUCCAGGCCAAGCCCUUUCAAUCGCAGGAAAGCUUUAAUGAAAUUACUGGCUUUCCUUUGGUUCAUUAAAGACAGUACAAACUUAGGCACACACAUAACUAGCGCGCGCACGUUAUGUAAUGCUUUUUGUCAAAGCAAAGGAAACCAAGAAGCUACAUUAUUGAAGUUUUGUUCUCGAUAUUGUUUGUGGCUAUAACCUUCCAGUUCCCUCGUCUGGGAAUAAUACAGAUGAAUGGUAGUAUUUCUGGAUAAUGGAGGAUAGUCAACUUAUUAGCAAACCUUUGUUGAGCACUUGUGAUUACCUGAACGUGUGCUGGAUGCUGGCGAGAUGAACAACUAAAUUUAGUUUUAUAUUCUAGAAAAUUUUGAAGGGGAAUUUAGAAAUCUUUGAUCAGGAAUUCCCAGAUGGUAGGAACCAGGUGUUCAAGUUCUCUAUAGCAAUAGUUCUUAAACAGUGGUACCAAGAAGAAAAACCUGGCGGCUUCGGAAAAGACCUAACCCCAGGUAUUCUGACUCAGUAGGUUGAGCAUGGGGUUGAGGGUGGGGCAAUAAUCACACAGGUGAUGUUGAUACUGUGGUCCUCAUCCAGGUAGCACUGCAGCAAGGUCCUUAACUGAAGACAUUUUCUCAGUUUCAAGUUAAAGUUUGAAACCAAUUGCUGAGAAGUCACAUCUGGUUCUAAAAUAUUUAUUUUCCUUUAGCAGCAGUCUGCCCUUUGGUCCGAUAAGUUAAAAAUUUAUUCCACUCAUCAGAACAUUUUGGCUUCAGAGGUCUUUUCUUUGUCACAGAGCUCUUCCAAGUAUGGUCUGUACCAUCCCGUAAGCCCUCACCCUGGCCACCUUAAGAUCACAGCUGAGACACUCUUGACUAUAUACUCUGACCUCCAUAUUUGUUUCUAGAACAGCGCUUUCUAACUAACACAUGUAACUAUUGAAAUGUAAAUUAAAAUUCAGUUAUAUUAGACACAUUUUAAGUGCUCAGUAGUCACAGUGACUAAUGUUCAUGCUGGACAGCACAGAGAGCAUUUCCAUCAUCAUAGAAAGGGCUACUAGAUGCACUCUUCUAAAAAAAAUUAUUCUAGGGCAUAUUUUCUCUAAAUUCAAAGCAAAAACUAGUAUUUAUUAAUGAAAAGCCAAAUAUCUAAAUAUCUAGUGCUUGGGAAAUGGUUAAUUAUGGCAUAGCCUUGUUGAAGGUAACUGUUAACUGUAGCCCUUAAAAAGAAUGGUUAAAAAAAGGUAAUAUACUUAAAGUUCAAAACAAAAAAUGGCAGCUAUGCCAAAACAUGACAAAUAAUUUAAGAUAUCUUAAACUAAAAAACAAGUUGUAUGGGAGUUCCCGUUGUGGCACAGUGGUUAAUGAAUCCGACUAGGAACCAUGAGGUUUCGGGUUCCAUCCCUGGCCUCAAUCAGUGGGUUAACGAUCCAGCGUUGCCAUGAGCUGCGGUGUAGGUCGCAGACGCGGCUCGGAUCCCGAAUUGCUGUGGCUCUGGCGUAGGCCGGUAGCUAUGGCUCUGAUUAGACCCCUAGCCUGGGAACCUCCAUAUGCUGCGGGAGCGGCCCAAGAAAUAGCAAAAAGACAAAAAAAAAAAAA